CUCUCUCUCCUUUCUCACAGAGAAUUCGUUCUUCUCCGACCAAAUCCAGCCAAAAUCAGCCGCGAGAGAGAUCUCUUCAUCUUCUUCGACUCGGUGGCCGUGUUUGCGGACCCGGCGAAGCAAAGCUCCCAUCAGACCACAUCGUCGAAGGUGAGCCAAAUCGGUUAGAAAGAAGUAGAGAUAGGAGCUAUUCUGUUUUCGUGUAUCUCGGAGUUGAAGAACAAAAGGUAAACUGUGUUUUUUUCAUCGUUUAUAGGACAUGCAUGUGUGUUGAGUUGGUUAGAUUCAGGGUCGAACAUAAUGUGAUGUUUUGUGCGUUUUUGAGGUUCUCAAGUGUGAUCGUGUGAAUCAAAGAGGUAGCCACAACAAGAUUCAUCAUACAGAAGAAGAUUUAGGUAAGCUUGUGGUGAAUUUGAAUUCAUAUAAGUUGAAUCUGGUUGUGAAGAGUGUUGAUGCUUUGUUGUUCCUCUUUUUAAGUUCUGAAGAGGGUUGUACUGAAUCACAGAGGGGGCCACAGGAAGAGUCAUUCUACAGACAGAACAUCUGGUAAGCUUCUGGUCUUUUUAUUUACAUAUAGAUGUUGUUUGAUGUUUGCGAGAGGUAGAUAAACAUAGAAAUAAACCUGAGUUGUUCUUUGAAUUGCUUUCCCAUGCUGAUUAAUUUUGCAUCCUGUGAAUUGUUCUUUCUUUCUUUGAUCGCUUAUUAGUUUGUUUGCUUGUUUGCUCUAUGUAUAAUCAUCAUGUUUUCAUCUUGUUAAAGCAUUCACACAUCUCCGAUUUGAUGUUUCUUUUUGCUGAUCAAUUCAAAAAUGCAAUACGUAAUUUGAAAUCUAAAUCAUAAAAAGUCCUUUAUAUUAAAGUCGUGUUUCUUGAUGUCUGUCAUUUAUGGUGUGUCCUUUGUUAGAUAGAAACAUUAAAACAUAUACAAACAUUAAAACUUCAUAUAAACAAAUCUACAACAAACAACUACUUCCUAAAACAAUUAAAAGAAAUUAAAAGCAACAUUAAAACUUCAUCUACUUUCCUCUAUUAAAGCUUCCUUUAACUUUGUUUACUUCAUAAACUUCAUCUUCUUCAUCUUUUCUCUAACUCUUCUCUGUAUGGAUUCUCAUCAAAGCCAGUCUUCUGGCUUUGUACACCUACUAAACAGUCAACUACCUAACCAUGAAUACCCAACUCCGUUUAUGAGUUCUUUACCUAGUCCAGACCUUGGAGGUUCUGCUUCACGUGCACAAAAUGGUGAGGACCGUAAGCAAAGGUGCAAGUGGUCAAUAGCUGAAGACCUGGUCCUCAUCAGUGCAUGGUUGAACACCUCCAAGGAUCCACUAGUUGGAAAUGAGCAAAGAGCAGGAACCUUUUGGAAGAGGAUUGCCGCUUAUUAUAAUGCAAGUCCCAAGGUGAUUGGUUUGGCUAAGAGAGAGCAAAGCCACUGUAAGCAAAGGUGGGGGAAGAUAAAUGAGAGUGUCUGUAAGUUCGUGGGUUCAUAUGACGCUGCAACAAAACAGAGGACCAGUGGCCAGAGUGAAGAUGAUGUUCUGAAGGCUGCACAUGAAAUUUUCUUUAACGAUUACAAGGUGAAGUUCUCGUUAGAGCAUGCCUGGAGGGAGCUUAGGAAUGAUCAGAAAUGGUGUGGGGCUUAUGGAAGUAGUCAACAAAGCUCUGGUUCAAAAAGAAAGAGGGUGGGGGAAGAACAAUCUUUUCAGUCAUCAGCAUCUAUGCCCAGUGUCAAUGGAGAGGAUGAACCAAUGGCUAGGCCUAUGGGUGUUAAGGCAGCAAAGACGAAGGCUAAAAGGCCAAUGGGAGAAGAAGGGAAGAAUCUGCAAGAGUUGCGGCAAAUGUGGGAGAUAAAGGCGAAGGACUUAAUUAUGAAGGAUAAGCUUAGCAAGACCAAACUGCUUGACAGUUUGCUUGCAAAAACAGAGCCACUUAGUGAAUUAGAAGUGGCACUUAAGAACAAACUGAUUACUGAAAUGUUGUCAAUGUAAUCUUUUAAAAUAUAAGUAGAUCAAUGUUAGUCAAUUAGUAGUCUUUGUGAUAAAUGUUAUCAAUCUUGCUUAGAAAUAUAAGUUGAUGUGUAAUAUAAUAAUCUUUGUGAUCAAUGUUAUCAGUCUUUUAAAUAUAAGUUGAUGGUUUUACUUUUUUGUUUUUCAGGGGAAGAGAAACCGAAAUGGAAGCAAGAAAACCGAUUGUUUGUGGCCUCUCAGCAAGAGGAAUCAUACCGCCUCUCCCACAAGAAGAUACAGAUGAUGAUGUUGCGGAUAGCACACCAACUGAAGUUGAAGUGGUGGAGAUAUCAGAUGAAGAAGAAGAAGAAGAAGAUAUGGUGGAGUUGAGCUUUGAAGAAUACAUGAGAAACAUGGGGUACUUGAUUAGGGUGGAGGAAUCGGUUGAGGACAUUGAACCUGAGUUCAGAAGGAUGCUGAAAAGGAUGGAACAGGAAGAGAAGAAGCUGAGAGAGGAGAAGUUCAAGGUACUGAACUCGGGAAUCAAGCUAGAAGUAGGUCAAUCUUCUAAGGGUGAUGGUAAGAAGAGGAAGAGAAGAAGCUGAGAGAGGAAGGUCACAGACAGGCUCCUGUAUGUUGUAUUUUGGUUCUUGCAGGUCACGGAUUGUAUGACAUGCAUUUUGUAUGUUUGUGUAGUCACCAGUCACGAGACUCUUGGAUUAUUUUGUAGGCAUGCAUUUUGUAUAUUUGUGUAGUCACGAGAGUUGGUAGUCUUGUAUUAUUGGUAUGGUAGUCUUGUACUUUUGGUUCUCUUGUUCUAUAAAUUAAGAACUAAUUCUCAUUCUACAACACAACUCUUCUUCUCUCAUUCAAGAAACACAACUCGUAUUCUCUCAUUCAAGAAACACAACUCUGCUUCUCUCAUUCAAGAAACACGAACUCUUCUUCUCUCCUUUUUUAUAUUCUCAGUUUGAAUCAGUCACAUUUUUCAAAUUACGCUUGUUCUCCCUUUCUCUAUUCUCAUUUCAAACAAUUCUUGUUCCAAACGUUUAACAAAAAAAAAAUUCUCUUUCCAUAUGGCAUCUUCUUCACAAAAUCCUUUCGAGGGAUUGGAUGAUGAAAAAUUGGACGAAAAAUUUGAUCAAUAUUUUGACCAACAUUUUGAUCAAAAUUUUGAACAACAUUUUGAGCAAAGUUUCGAGAAUUUUACCAAUAAUUAUGGUAAUCAAGAAGAAGAAAAGAAAAAAAGAAAAAAACGAGCUUACAUCGAAAGAAAUCGUGAAGAGGGCGAUAUACGUUUAUGGAAUGAUUAUUUCAGUGAAACUCCAACAUACCCUGAUAAUCUAUUCCGGCGACGUUUUAGGAUGAACAAGCCAUUGUUCAUGCAUAUUGUUGAUCGACUCUCCAAUGAAGUUGAAUUCUUUCGACAAAAGAAAGAUGCUCUCGGAAGGCUUAGUCUCUCUCCUCUUCAAAAGUGUACCGCUGCCAUUCGUUGUUUGGCAUAUGGUAUUGCGGCUGAUACGGUUGACGAAUACCUCAGACUCGGUUCAUCUACAACUCGGUCAUGUUUGGAAAAUUUUGUGGAUGGAAUAAUAUAUUUAUUCGGCGAUCAGUACCUAAGAAGACCAACACCGGCUGAUCUUCAACGUCUACUUCAUAUUGGUGAGCAUCGUGGAUUUCCCGGGAUGAUAGGAAGCAUCGAUUGUAUGCAUUGGGAGUGGAAGAAUUGUCCCACCGCUUGGAAAGGUCAAUAUUCACGGGGUUCGGGGAAACCCACAAUCGUUUUAGAGGCGGUUGCAUCGUAUGAUCUAUAGAUAUGGCAUGCAUUUUUUGGACCUCCAGGUACCUUAAAUGAUAUCAAUGUUCUUGAUCGCUCACCUGUUUUUGAUGACAUAAUAAAAGGUCAAGCUCCGCAAGUCACCUUCUCUGUCAAUGGAAGAGAGUAUCAUAUGGCUUACUAUCUCACCGACGGUAUUUAUCCGAAAUGGGCAACUUUUAUCCAAUCAAUUUCAAUACCACAAGGGCCGAAAGCGGUUUUAUUUGCGCAACAUCAAGAAGCUGUCCGAAAAGAUGUCGAGCGUGCUUUUGGAGUCUUGCAAGCUCGCUUUGCCAUUGUUAAAAAUCCAGCACUUUUUUGGGAUAAAGUCAAAAUUGGAAAGAUUAUGAGAGCAUGUAUCAUACUCCAUAACAUGAUAGUAGAAGACGAACGAGAUGGAUACACUCAAUAUGAUGUUUCAGAGUUCCAACCAGGAGAAGACACCGGAAGUUCACAUGUGGAUCUCACGUUCUCUACAGAUAUCCCUACAAAUAUCGGCAAUAUGAUGGCUGCUCGAACUAGAAUUCGUGAUAAACAAAUGCAUCAACAACUGAAAGCUGAUUUGGUUGAACAUGUAUGGCGUAAAUUCGGACGUGGUGAGGACAACAACUGAGCUCGGAUGUUUCUUUCAAAUUAUUCUCGUUUAUUUUACUAAUCUUUCUUUUGAUGUUCUUUUUAAAAAUUAAUGUUUUAAUAUGUUUAUUUUAAUAUGUUUAAUUUAAUAAAUAAAUUUUCUCUUUAAAAAAUUUAAGUUAAAUAAUUUUUUUUUCUUAAGAACCCCUAAAUAAAAACUUACCAUUGGAGCUAACAAAAUAGAUGUCUCUUGAGAUCAAACUCUUAACUAUGAUUAAUUACUAAAAAAAUAUUAAGAGACCGACUUUGGCUCUAAGGGUUAAACAUGCUCUUAGAAGCUUCGAAAGGUUACCGGGAGGAUCGACGCUCACUUCACCAUGCUGAUCGUGCAAGGGGCCUGUCGGAAUAUACACAGCGGUCGCGCGAAGCCACUGCUGUGAAGCAUAAUAUUACCAGAGCUUCCAGGUCUUUGGAAGGAACAUGAACACGAGACUAUCGGGACUAAGGGAGGGGGGAGAACAGUAGGCGGGUCCUAACUGGUCCCAAGCUUUUUAUACUCAUCCUCCUCACCCUAAGGAGCAACUGCAACUCGCCAUUGACAGUGGGAACUCUAAGGAUCGGAGGUCAGCUCUGGAGCGCAUCGCGGGACCAUGCCCCCCAUGCCUUCCUGCUCAAGUUUCUCAUACUCCACCCCCUCGUCCAGUGGAGAAAAUGCAGCUCUCUAACAACAGUGGGAACUCCAAGGAAAGGAGAUCAUCUCUUGAUCGUCUCUCGGAACCACGCCUCCCUGUUCAAGCCCGUCUUGGAGGUACCUCCAGCUAGAAUUAGCACGACUUCAAGAAGUAGAAGUCCAAUACUUAGGAGAUGAGGACCGAGAGAUCCUAACACGCCGCCUCUCUCAACCUACCAAUGUUACUCUUGUCACUCACGUUAACACAUAACUGGCUGAGGAGGACCCUAUCAUUAGCGGGUCAGAAACUGUGUCUGAAGACUUGGCACCAAGGAGAAUUCACCCCUCUCUUAGGAUUGGAGCGCAGGUUUCAUCUCCUUCAAAUGCAUCUCCUUCGAAUGGUAAAAGGAAAGCUCUAGGGGCUGAGAGCACAUCUAAAGCAACAGGGAAACGCAAAAUUACCAAACAAGCUAGGCGUGUCCCCCGCAGUCCCCUUGGUUUUAACCUUAGGAAGGUGAAUGCGGUUCGGGCUCGCAACCCACCGCGCAAGAAACUCUGCUUGGAAAAGGAUAAGGGUGGGCCUAGUAACGUGGCAGCUCGCACGCGAAGCUCUAAUACAGUGAAUAUACCGAAGUCUAAGGGAAGUGGAGGGGAUUUUCUGGCCCCUCUUCCUCCGCUUCAUUAGCAAUAUGCAGCUGGAAUUGUCAAGGGUUCGGGAACCCCUCGACAAUUCGUCGGUUGUAGGAUAUCAACAAAGUAUUGAAGCCGAAUAUCAUGUUCCUCAUGGAGACGAAGCAGCAAGAUACUUUCAUCAAG